AUGGCCGAAAUUAAAAUCACUGUUAAAUUGGAAUUGGAAAUAACUCAAAAUGAAAAUCAACAUGAACAUAGGACGAACAACGGACAUACGAGCGGUAUCAAUAUUAGAGAGAUGCGGUGCAAUGACAACGAAAUCUGUCCCGUCUGUGGGCCAGAUUUUACACAAAGGCAAAGAGCAAGUUUACCGCUGCCUGAACUUUAG